UUCUUUCGAUCCUAGUUCCACGUGGUAUUGUUUAUUUUCUCUGGAAAAAAAUAUCACCGUUUUAGUAAAAACCAAAUUAUUUUCAGCUAUAUAAAGUGAAAGCCAAGUGAAGACACAAUGAAUACACCGAUUGUUCGCCAAAUCCAAACAUCAUCCAAAUCGGCUGCUUUGCAAUUACACAAAAAUCAAUUGCGCCUAUUGAAGUACAGUUUGAUAAACAUCAUGCAAAUGGAAGAGUACAACAUUCUCAAAAAUGGAAUUUCAUCGCCACAUUCAAUGGUUAGUACGAUUGGUCUGAAUGGGAUAGCACGCAAGUUUGACAGCUAUGCCAACGUUGAUGAAUUUUUGGCGGAUAUCAAAGCGUUGGUUCGAAGCUACUACAUUCAUUUUGGGAGUUUAUUUAUUUCGUCCAUCACAGCUGAAGGAGGGGUUAAACAUGUCAUCAAUCGUUUGUCUGAAUUGUGCCAUCGCGAUGUAAAGAGUAUUCGGACAUGCCCCGAAUGUUUUGAAAACUGGGCUACCGAUCACGACAAUUAUUUCGUUAAAGUAUGCACAAAACCGCAUCUAAUCAUUUUUAGUAAAGGAACUCACUUUCCGUACUGGCCGGCAAAGCUUAUGUCAAUCACUGGUGCCAUGGCAAAUGUCGUGUUUUUUGGUGAUCACACUCAAGACGAUGUACCAGUGACUCAAUGCAUUUUAUAUGCACAACGAAAUCCCAUUCAAAGCGCACAAACCGAUGAAUUCAACAAUGCUCUGAUGGAGCUCAAUGUUCAUAUUCGAAAUGUUGUCGAAAAAUUCGGCUCAUUCAAUCCAACUGAAAGUAAGGUGAUGCUAAAUGCUCAGAUGCUUGAACAAAGCUUGAUGUCCAUGUUUCCCGGUGCAUACAAGCAACGUUUUAUAGUGCGUUCAAUGGGUUUUCAACACGAUACAAAUCAAUUUGCUGGUCCAAGUCCAUUAGGGCCAUCGUCAUCAAAUGAUGUACCAAAGGCGAUUCACUUGAAGGCACUACCCAAAUCAGUGCACGUCAACAGAGCAGAUGCCAACUCUGAUGAAUCGAAAGCCAAGGCUGGUCAAUUGAAGAGAAAGCGUGGAGCACCACCAUCCGUAAGCCAGGUGGAAUCAAUGCCGACUCAGACAAUCUCCAGAAGUAUCAUUGGGGACGAUGUAAAAAUGCAUUUUGAAGCAUUGUCACGUCGAAUCGUCGAAUUGGAAGACGAAAAAACUCGAUUGGCACAACAAUUAACGGUGCUUAAAGAACAAAGCAACGCAAAAAUAAAGAAGAAAAACGAUAAAAUACGGAACUUAAAGCGAAUGGCCGAUUUCAUCCAAUGUGGACAUUGUCGUGAACGUAUUCCGUCGCCGGUCUUCUGCGAUCGCCGUUGUGAAUCGCUUUACGAGCCAGACGAUAAUUAUUCGAUCAGGGAAAAGGAUACUAGCGAUUCAGACAGUGACUAAGAACGAUAAAUAGGACCAAUCAUAAUAUAUUUUCAUUCAACAUUCACUCGAUUAUUUUUUUCACUUUUUUUUAUUUCUGUUUGAAACAUAAAUAAUUCUAUGACCAAGA